AUGACUCACACCGACGGCCAAAAUCUUGUUGUUCUCAACUCUUCAGAUGAUCUCGAUGACUGGAAGUUCGUCACCCAAUCUGUUCUUGAAGGCAAACAGCUAUGGCCGCUUGUCAAUGGAGACGAACCCAGGCCAGCAGGUUUUCCCGGAUCGAAGCAGGUGAAGACUUGGGAUACGAAGGCUAGUCAAGCCAAGGCGGAGAUGAUCAAGAGGAUUGGUAGGAAGCAGCUCCAGCACAUUCGCCAAUUGGGUAACAAUCCGAAAGCCAUCUGGGAUUGGCUCAUCGUGAUGAACUCAACUGGUGGUCUCAGUGCACAGACUGCGCUGUGGGACCAGUUUGACGAGUUGAAGAUGUCAAAGGCGACCGCCAUGGUGGAUCACAUCGCCAUGCUAUGCGAGUUAUCUGACAAGCUCGGGCGCCUCUUCAAGGACAAGCCAUCCAACUCAAAAUUCAUUUCCACGCUCCUACGUUCCCUCCCCAACACCUCCGAUUGGAAACUAUUCAAAAGUGGCCUCGAAUCAGACCUACAGAAUGACGACAAGGAGCACGUCAUCUCUCGCUGUCUCAACGAGUUCUCAAAACAGGAGCGCCAGAAGAAGAAGGAGGUGGAUAGCAAUGAUGAUGAAGCUGGGAAGGACCCCGGUGACGAGGCAAUGAUGGCAGACAUUGCUGCAGCAGUUGCAAGGCUGCAAGUGGCGAGGAGAAAUGUCGCACUUCAACGCGGUUCAAAAUUCAAGAUCACUUGCUUCAAUUGUGGUGGUCGUGGUCACUACCAGUCGGAUUGUCCAAGCGAGCCCAUGGAUGAAGCGCAUGUCAUUAUCGAAGCGAUUGAUGGAUCAGACGACUCUGACGAUGGAAGGGAGAAUGUUGCAGUUUGA